CCGCUGUCGUCGUUCUUUUCCCAUCUGUACCCCCGAAUGGCAGCACGCGACACUCCCGAUCGCGUGGUUCCGGAGACCAUCGACCUCGAGCAUGGGACCAAACGCGAUGACAACCGCGAUCGAGUUACACCGGGUGGGCAGAGCACAGAACUUGUCGCACCGCACCGCCAGUCCCGUCGCACCCCGCCAUGGACAAGCAAGUUGGGGGAAUGCACGCCAGCACCUGUCGCCCGUUGGGGCCGGAAGGUGGUCGAGUGGGUGAAGGGGCCGAAGCCGCCGAGCAGAUACACCAUAACGCCUUUUCUUGAGCGCUGGCAAACACUGCCUGUCGGCUUGCUCGCGCGACUGCCAGAGUGGGCGCGCAUUUGCAUCUAUGCUAUCGCGUGUGUUGUAUGGAUUGUCACGUUCGCUGUAGUCGUCAGCGAUGGUGGGCUUCCUUCUGACAUUGGAGGGCUCGGAGCGCCGGUAAAGCUGUCGUGUGUCAACAACCUGUGGCCGUCCCCAGAAAGCUGUGGGCCCGACGGCCGUAAUUGCUUCCCCUUCUCCAAUGCUUCGUUUGCCUUCAACUGCCCCGCCGGAUGCUCGAGCGCCCAAGUGCUUAACCCUCGCGCAAUCGGACCGCAAGUCAUAAACUACCGACCCUUGGUUGUUGGGGGUGCUCCAGGUCCUGAGAAUGAUGCGUUGGUAUAUCGCGGAGAUUCCUUCAUUUGCUCAGCGGCUAUUCACGCUGGAGUCAUCAGCGAUGGCUACGGUGGCUGUGGUGUCGUUUCUCUAAUAGGAGAGCGAGACAGUUUCACCGCUGUUACACGGCAUGGCAUAAGCAGUAUUGGCUUUGGCUCGCGCUUUCCAAUGGCAUUCACAUUUGGUCAGGCUUCGGCCAAAUGUGAGGAUCCGCGCUGGAACCUGCUUAUCCUCUCGACAGUCUUUACUGCUCUGUUUGGCAUCUUCACCACAAGUCCCGUCACCUUCUUUGCGCCCAUUUUUACAAUAUUGUUCUUCCAGACUGGUAUGGCAUCGGAUCCGCCUUCGUACUCGAACUACGCCUCCUUGGCUUCUACAACACUCGGCCGCUUCUUGCCCGCUGCGUUAGCUGCCGCCCUCUUCUAUCAAUUCAGUGUCCGCAAAUCUCUGCGCAAUUGCAAGGCACAAGUUGAAAAGACCGUGCUUUGGGUAGGUGGGGCUUGGGUUGGCGCACUAGGGAACUAUACGUUUGAACGUAUACCCAUACAGCGGCUCACAGGGAACGACAUCCGCCAACAACCGGGCGCUAUCACAGCAUUGGUAAUCAUUGUGCUUAUCCUGUUCGCUGUCGUUCUAUACCAAGCAUGGUGCUUCCGCAGGGAAGGGCGACUGCCACGCUAUCUUGCAUUAUAUGCUACACUAGGCCUUGGCCUGGGCAUACUCGCUGCUAUGCCGAAACUCACACUUAGGAUACACCACUACAUCAUUGCUCUCUUACUCCUUCCAGGCACCGCGCUGCAGACCCGCGUGAGCUUGUUGUGCCAAGGUCUGCUGGUCGGACUGUUCGUUAACGGUGUUGCACGCUGGGACUUCGAUUCCAUCCUACAAACGGCAGCGGCGUUACGAGGGGAUGGGCAGCUCGGGUCGGGUAUCCCAGCUAUCCUUGAGCCUGUCAUUACUGGCUCGAGCAUCACCUUCGCUUGGGAGAGCCUACUCCGCGGUUACCAGGGCGUGAGUGUGGUGGUCAACGAUGUAGAGAGAUAUCGUGGCUCUGGUGGGAGUGAUCAAGGUAACUUCACUUGGAGCCGGUCAGACGGUGGGCAGGAUGAAUAUUUCCGGUUUGGAUUUAUUAGCUACCAGUUGUUCGGCAGCGUAGCAUACAGCGAUUUCACUAGAGCAGGCACAUGGUUCUCAAAUGGGACCUGGGGUGGAAUUCCGCCAGGUCGUACAUGA